AGGUGCUUCGUGGACUGUAAUUAAGUCUCAACUUUUUGGCUCAAAGCAUCAAGUUUUCAUAUCCCACGAGAAAAGAGCCUGGAAGAUCUGUUACAUGGUGAAUAAUUCGACCCGCGUUAUGAAGAGGUGGUUGAUCACCAUAACCCUGCUGGUGCAAGGUAUGAAGGUAUGUCAACAGAUCAAUGCAUAGACACUAGAAAACUAUAAAGCGUGACUCAUAUCAAUCGUUUGUUUUUCAUACAAAGUCCCUUUCUAAAGCUUUCCAAUUGUUUUCUCAGCCCAGGGUUGCCAAAUUUCAAAGUCACCUGAGAAAACCGCAUUUUCACCCGGAGAUCGAGCCCAGAUAAAAUGCUCCAUGGACAAAGAUAGCAUGAACAGGGUUAAAGAAAUUGACUGGUUCAAACGCAAGGGUUCUCAGAAAUCGGAGACAAUGGCAUCUUUCCUUUACAAGAACGCCGGUCAAACGAUAGAGCCCAAGUCGAGCGUCUCUACCGACAGAUUGAACGUCACAGUGGGAAGAAACUGGACCUUGUUGUCGAUUUAUAGUUUGACCCCUGAAGACGAGGCUGACUAUACCUGCCAGUUCCAUCUCAUAGAUGAGUCUCAUCCGUGUUUGCAGAGGUUUACUUUAACAGUAACAGUUUCAGAGAGCACCAUUGGGAUGGAACAUGAAGCACCAACUGCUGUAGGGGCGAAUUAUGUCCUGGCGAGUGCAGCGGGCGCUAUCAUCUCAAUUGUUAUCACCACUGCCGUGUACUAUGUAUAUAGGUACUAUCAGGCAAGAAAGAGAAGAAGAUCACCGGAUCAGGACCCAGAAGACGAGGAACUACGGAGGCUGGAACCUCCGGUACAUGACGCCGUCAACCCUGCAGGCACCGAAAACACCUCGUCGGAGACAGGCGCUGGGGAAAUCUCAAUCCAGGAGCUCCAGUUCGAUCGUUCCUGCAAACUGGGCGAGGGUCAGUUCGGAGAGGUAUGGAAAGGCUACAUGGAGGUCGAGGAAAAAGUGAAAACUGUGGCCGUUAAAAUUUUGAAAGGAAAUACAAUGUACAAAGAAAAAGAAGAUUUCAAAACAGAAAUGGAGACACUGAAAAAUGUACCAGCGCACAAAAAUAUUGUUCCUUUAAUAGCUACAUCCUCCAAAGAAGACCCUCUGUUUAUCGUGAUGGAGUACCAGACAAUGGGCAGCCUGCAGCGUGUUUUGCGGAAUGGUCGGGGAAACACCUACUACAGUAACACGUACGGCUGUAGCAAGUUUACAGCUCAACAGCUCCUUACGUUUGCCUAUGAGGUAGCGUGUGGGAUGACACAUAUAGCGGAACUGGGGUAUCUCCACCGAGACCUGGCAACACGCAAUGUGCUCGUGGACGAACAUUUCACUUGUAAGAUAUCAGAUUUUGGUUUGGCGCGAGAUGUCAGCCUAAUUCGAGAAUACGAGAGCCGGUCACAGGGUUUCCUACCUCUCCGCUGGAUGGCGCUCGAAUCAAUCAAGGACAGCGUGUACACCACCCACAGCGAUGUGUGGUCUUUUGGUAUUCUUAUGUGGGAGAUAGUUACUUUGGGCUGCACUCCCUACCCAGGCAUAUCCAGUAUGAUACUACGACAACAACUGGAGAAUGGUUACCGUAUGAUGAGACCUAAACACUGCACAUAUGAGGUGUACCGCAUCAUGUACCGCUGUUGGAGAGAGCCACCGGCAUUUCGCCCUUCGUUCAAAGAGUUGUGCCAACAGUUGGAAGAUCUGAUCUCUAAGGCCCAGAACUAUGUGGACUUGGUCAAUAUAGAUGAAAGGCUUUUCAAGGGCCUAACACGGUGUAUUCCUGGUGAAAAAUACUAGUUGCGGACUAGUUACUGGGUAUUUUAUCGAAAAGUGCAAAUGACUUCUGGAAAAUUACUACUGUAUGAUUUUUUCAGUUCAACAAUUGGUGAUCAUCGGGUGAGAGCAAUUUACCUGACUUCCAAUUUCAGUGGAAUUCUUUUUGGAUAUAAGUGCCAUUUUGAGUUUUGAGUUUUGUUGAUUGUCUUUAUUAACGAUAUCGUAUACAGGUAUUUUUUUUUUAUUUGAUUCAAAUGCAAAGACAUAUAACUGGACAUUGUACGUGACUAAAAUUCCAUAAAUUCAUUGAUUAUUUGCAAAGUCUGACUGCACAGACUAUAAAAAUUCAAAUUGAUUUAUUGUGAUCCUGUCAAAGUCUCUGUUAUUAUGAAUUUUGAUCUUUGACGCUCACUGUAUCAUAGUUCACAAU